GUGUGUUCUCAUAUUAGCAUAGCAACUUAAAUCAUCGAUCGGUUGUGUCAUUGGGUCGAACCAAAAAGAAUUCACGUGCUUUGGACAUGAGCGUAGUCUUCCACAAUGCUUUCCCCAUUCCCCACGGCGUCGUCUGUUGGCAACGGCUUGGACAAGAAGCUGCUGUGGAUGGCCUUUUCCUUGCAGCAGCAGCAGCAGAAGCAGGCUUCCAUCUCGUCCGCCACGAUCCUAUCCCGUGUAGCUCUGCUCUCCCGCAAUGUUCCUGCAUCUACCUUGCCGUCCGUUAAAGAAGCUUGCAAGCAAGGAGACCUCACACAGGCCUUCCGCUCGCUGGCUAACUCGCCGCAGUGCCCUCCGCAGGACGCCUACUCAUCCAUUCUCGAGCUUUGUGCUUCCCGGAAAGCCCCACUGCAAGGCCAGCAAGUCCACUCUCACAUUGUCAAAUCCAAUUCCCUCUCUGAUGAUGGAUUUCUCGGCACAAAGCUCCUUUUCAUGUACGGGAAAUGUGGCCAACUCCGCGAUGCCGAGAAGCUGUUUGAUGAAAUGCCGAGUCGGUCUAUCUUCGCGUGGAACGCGCUCGUUGGAGCCUACGCUUCGAAUGACCGUCCUUCGUUGGCCAUAGCAACCUUUCAGGAAAUGCGUGUCUCGGGAAUACUGCCCGAUGCUUGCACCCUUGCUUCCGUCCUAAAGGCCUGCGGCGCGUUAGAGGAUGUCUAUACUGGGACUGCGACGCACGGUUUUGCAGUCAAAUGUGGACUCGACUCCACGGGUUUCGUCUCCAAUGCGCUCGUUUCCAUGUACGCAAAGUGUGGACGGUUCGGCUCGGCAAGGCAGCUGUUUGAGCGGAUGGAUGAGGAAAGAGAUGUUGUUUCUUGGAAUUCCAUCAUAUCAGCAUGUUUGCAGGACGGGCAAUUCUUUGAGGUUCUGACUUUGUUUAGAGAGAUGCAAAGGGCCAGCAUUCCGAUGAACUCGUAUACCACCGUCGGCGUUCUUCAAGCCUGUGCAGAACUUUCACUUCCGAGGUUGGGUAUGGAAAUCCAUGCCUCUCUUCUAAAGAACGAUGCAAAACUCGAGAUUUAUGAGUGCAACGCAUUGGUCGUCCUGUACGCAAGAUGUGGUCGAAUCGGCAAUGCCAUGCAGGUGUUCUGCGAGAUGGAGGAGAAAGACACCGUGUCGUGGAAUUCGAUACUGUCUGGUUAUGUUCAAAAUGGUUUAUAUCAGGAAGCCAUCGACUUCUUCCGCGAAAUUCUCGGGUUGGGUUUUGAAGCCGACCAGGUUUCGCUUAUAAGCGUCGCUUCUGCUUCAGGGAGGUCAGGGAACAUAUUGCAUGGAAAGGAAGUGCAUGCUUAUGCGAUGAAGCACGGAUUGGACUCCGAUUUGCAGGUCGGAAACACACUAAUCGACAUGUACACAAAGUGUCACUUGAUAGAUUAUGCCGAGCGUGUCUUCUAUAAAUUGCAUAGCAAGGACUGCAUUUCCUGGACGACAAUGAUCGCAGGUUACGCACAGAACUCUCGCUAUUCCAAGGCACUCGAGCUGUUCAGGCAAGUUCAGACGGAUGGAAUGAAGGGGGACUCGAUGAUGAUCGGGAGCAUAUUACAAGCUUGCAGUGGUAUGCUCUGUCUUUCCCUACUGAAACAAGUCCAUGGUUACGCUAUCAGACAUGGCCUGCUGGAUCUGGUACUCAACAACACGAUCAUCGAUGUCUAUGGAGAGUGUGGAAAGGUUUCUCGUGCUUGCCAUGUCUUCGGAACGAUACGGGAUAAGGAUGUUGUGUCUUGGACUAGUAUGAUCACUUGUUAUGUCAGCAACGGGCUCCUAAACGAAGCUUUGUGUUUGUUCAGAGACAUGGUGGCGGCCGAUGUGGAACCUGAUGCAGUAUCACUGAUCACUGUGCUUGCUGCCGCUGCUGGUUUGUCAUCCUCCAUGAAAGGGAAGGAAAUCCAUGGUUUUAUGUACAGAAGACGGUAUCUCACCGAAGGAACAGUCAGCAGUUCACUCGUGGACAUGUACGCCAGGUGCGGAGACAUAGAGAACUCCUUUAAAGUAUUCGGAAAUGUCAGACGCAAAGAUUUGGUUCUGUGGACAACCAUGAUCGACGCCAGUGGGAUGCACGGCCAGGGAGAGGAAGCAAUACGCCUCUUCCGGGGACUGCAGGAGACGGGUAUAGUCCCCGAUGAGGUUACCUUCUUGGCCCUUCUCUAUGCCUGUAGCCACUCUGGAUUGGUAGACGAGGGAAAGUACUAUCUGGAUGUGAUGACAGGUGAGUAUGGUUUGGAGGCAUGGCCGGAACAUUACGCCUGUCUCGUCGAUCUUCUCGGUCGCUCUGGUAGGACAGAGGAAGCAUUCGAGUUCAUAAAAUCAAUGCCUGUGAAGCCGACAGCUGCCGUCUGGUGUGCUCUCCUCGGUGCCUGUCGAGUGCACCUGAAUCACGAGCUGGGCAAGAUUGCAGCGGAGAAGCUACUCGAGUUAGAGCCUGAGAAUCCUGGAAACUAUGUGCUCAUUUCGAAUGCGUUUGCGGCGACGAGGAACUGGGAAGAAGUGGGUGCAGUGAGAGCGAUGAUGGAAAGGAGGGGAUUGAAGAAAGACCCGGCAUGUAGCUGGAUCGAAGUGGGGAAGAAGGUGCACGCGUUCGUUGCGAGAGACAGAACACACAAGGAAUCAGUCGCAAUUCACUCGAAGUUGACAGAGAUCAUCGAGAGACUCAAGAAGGAAGGAGGGUACACCGAGAACACCAAGUUCGUUCUGCAAGAUGUGCCGGAAGAGGAGAAGAUAAAGAUGUUGCACGGACACAGUGAGAGGCUUGCCAUGGCUUUCGGUAUGUUGUGUGCCCCGAAGGGAACACCGAUCAGGAUCACCAAGAACCUCCGAGUAUGUGGUGAUUGCCACGAAUUCACCAAACUCGUAAGCAAGCUGUAUGAGCAGGAAAUCAUCGUCAGGGAUGCCAACCGGUUUCAUCACUUCAGAGGUGGAUCCUGUUCUUGUAGAGAUUUCUGGUGAGUCCAAAGGUGUCUCA